GGAAUAGAAACACAAUAUAUCACUCCAUCCUUUGAGACUCUUCUGCUACAUCUUUUUUCAUUCUUCUAUACCCGAUAAAUAUUACGACAAUCUAUACGUCCGUCGUUAGCCGAAGACAUCGAGAAAAGUAUCAACGUCUCUGGGCUAUGUUUUUUUUUUAUAAAUGUUCAGUCAUCGUUCAAUUCGAAAUAUUCAAGCGUGUGCUCUGAUGGGCUCGUGAUUACGAGAUCUGUAUAAGUUUUAUUUACAUUUCAACUUUAAUAUGGUUUCAUGCUAAAUUAAUUUUUCCGUUUACGUUGUAAAUUACGAUGAAAUGGAGCACCGUUCCUAUCGGAUCAACAAAUUAAAAGUGAGAUUAAUUUACGAUUUUCAUCCCACAAUUAGAUUCGUUCGCAUUUCAAAUUUAAAACUUGCUCGCGGCUCGAAUUUAUAUCCCCGGCGAGAAAUAUCGAAUUCGUUAUCGCACGUACACGUGACACAUUCUUACACGAUUUGAAAUAAUAACACAGUACUUGCUUGAAUUGUUCGUGUACCGUUAUGCCGUUGCGGUAAUUGCUUAACUGAUUUAUUGAAACAGUAAUUAUUAAUAGUGGAUAAUAAUACAAUCGAACCAGAGUACAUAUUUGUAUAACGUGCAACAAUUUUCCAUCCGAGACUUGAAUGAUGGAAACUGAUUCUGCGAUGGAAUUGAGCACGGAGGUUGGUGAAGAGGAUGAGGAAGAAUUAACUGCUCAAAGCGCUUUGGUUGCCAUAGAGGAGGCUUGGUUGAAUGAAAAAUUUGCACCAGAGAUUCUACCGCAUCAAAAUGACCUGGUCGAGUGCAUGCUGCAACAGAUCACGCACAUGGAAGAGAAUUUGAAGAGGUUAGAUAAAAGUGAUAUAAGAUUGAUGAUCCACCGAAUGGAAUUGGAUAGGAUCAAGUUCGUGAUCUCCAGUUAUUUAAGAGCUCGUCUAGAAAAAAUUGAGAAAUAUACCAUCCACAUUCUUACUCAGGAGGCAAGUAGGUCUGCAGAGGAAUGUUAUCUAACGGCUGCAGAGCUUCAAUAUGCAAAAGAGUUUCUUUCAAAUAUGGAAACGCUCUUUAAAACGAUAGCUUUGCAGCAUAUGCCUGGAGCUUUCCAAAACUUUGAAACUAACAAAUUGAGUGUUAAGCCCAAUAUGCAGGCAUAUGUAUUUUUAAGGGCUAACAGUAGAGUCAAUGGAAUCAUGAUACCAGGUUCGUUGGACGAAGAGAUAGAUCUUGAGCCAGGAUCCCAGCACAUUAUACAAUAUAAUGCUGUUGCAGAUCUAGUUAAAAGUGGUGCUGUUCAAUUGAUCUAACAAUUUAUAUUAAUAAAGACUCUGCAUUUCUAUAGUUCUUACAAUCAAAUAUUACUUACUUAGUAAAAUAGGUAUACAAUUCAUUUCUUUAUAAAAGUUUCACAGAAAGGUUUAGAACGUGUAUACAUGAUUUAUUAAAAAUUAAAAUAGUACACAUUUUAUGUAACAGUUUUCUCACAAUGUGUAUAGUACAAUUUUUUUAAGUACUUUCUGCAUCUAAUAUAUAAAAUAUAUUUUGUGUUAUAAAAUCCACUUUGUGUUAUUAAAAUAUAAAAAUAUCAAUAUAUAAAGUUAUGGUGCUGCACAGCAGAUAGCUUAAAAUACGUAAUAUAAUAUUUAACUAAUGAAUACUUUCGGCAUGUGUGUGGACAUUGCUUUAAAACACUUUCGACAUAACAGUUUAAAAAAAGGAUUGCGUACAAAAAUAUUGUGCACACUUUAUUGUGUUUUGUUCGCUAAGGACUAUAUACGUCGUACCUUAAAAUAAAGAAACGUCUAAGUAGAAA